AUGAUCAUGAAUGGCAUUGCAUUUCUUCUACCUGAGGCCGUGGGCAUGCGAAUGGUGUCAUGGAACACAUCAAUCGCCGAAGCUGCCAAAAGGGAGUCCCAAAUAUGUUCUAAAUGGUUAGCCGAUGGAAAGCAAUUGACGCCUGGGAUUGCAGUGGACGUAGUUUCCAGUCAACUAAGCGUUUCUGAUGACGGGGUUGAGAAAAUAGCGAUGGGACGCGUGAAAACGUCAGCCAGAGCAGUGUACGCAAUCGCAAACCAUCCAUCAAUCGCCAAGCCGCUUCACAAUUCUCGUGAGAUUAUCCAUGGUAAUAUUACGCAAAUUGGCUGCGGCAUUUCUGUGUGCUCCGCCAUGCGAUCAGGAAAGGAUAACGAAAGCUAUAUUAUCCUGGUCUGUUUGCAUCAACCCAGAACGGCAAAUGACGACCCCAGAAAGCUUCCUUAUACGGUAUACGAGGAUGGCAUUCUUCGCUGUCCUGAAAGUGAAAGAGAAACAUCAACUGGUCUGUGUGCACAAAUCGAAGGGUCUGUGCCGAUUUUAAGUCUCUCGUUGAAGCAUGAGUUCCAGCAUCCGUCGACUUAUGGUCUGAAAAGGUACGAACCCUUCUUUAUUCUGGCUUGGUCGUUGCUGGCUUUCCUGAGCAUCCAAUUAGACAAUCGAUAG